AGCGAGGAGGAGACACCUCGUCGGUCAAGAAGGAACUGGAGGGCGGAGGCUGUGAGGAAGUAGCCCGGGUGGGGCUUGGCCGAGCGAAGGGGCCCCCGCAGACUCGAGGCAGAGCAGAAGGCCCGAGCUCCCGGGUGCGGGGCUGGAGAGGAGGGCGAGGGCUGGUCGACUCCGAAGCCGUAGGAAAUACCAUUGUUUGUGUAUAGUCAGAGAUCAGAAAAUAAGUGUUAAUCAUGGCUGAGCUGUCGCCUGAUGAAAUUCAGCUGAGAGCCCAUCAAGUUACAGAUGAGUCUUUGGAAAGCACAAGGAGAAUUCUUGGCCUGGCCAUUGAGUCCCAAGAUACAGGAAUCAAAACCCUCACCAUGCUAGAUGAACAAGGGGAACAGUUAACCCGUAUAGAAGAAGGAAUGGACCAGAUAAACAAAGACAUGAGAGAAGCUGAGAAGAACUUGACGGAGCUCAACAAGUGUUGUGGUCUCUGUGUCUGUCCUUGCAAUAGAACAAAGAAUUUUGAGACUAGCAGAGCUUACAGGACAACAUGGGGUGAUGGUAUAGAGAAUGAUCGUGUAGUGUCUAAACAACCAGGGCGUGUUGCAAACAAUCUGCAACAGAAUUCGGGAGGAACAACAUCUGGAGGCUACAUAAAACGGAUAACAAAUGAUGACAGAGAAGAUGAAAUGGAGGAAAACCUAACUCAAGUUGGAAACAUAUUGGGGAACCUGAAAAAUAUGGCCGUGGAGAUGGGCAACACAAUUGAUACACAAAACCAGCAGAUAGAUCAGAUAAACAUUAAGGCUGAAACCAACAAAGAUCGUAUUGAGCAAGCCAAUGUAAGAGCCAAAAAACUCAUUGAAAAUUAGCAGCCUGCUUCCAAUUCUUUAUCCAACUGAAGACGUCCAUUUUAUCCUACAAACCUCAAUUUCCAAAGAAGAAAGAUGGCAGGAUUCAGAAGAGGGAACAAAGCAGGACAUGCACCAUAUGGCUUCUUUUGUUGCUUGUAUACAGACUCGGUUUGAGAAUCCAGGACAA